AUGUUGAAAAAGCAAGCUGAAUUGAAAGCAUACUAUGAUAAUUUUCCAAAUAUCGAUGCCACUACUAAUUUAACUAAUCCUGACAUUAAAAAGGCAGAAGAAUUUACCAAAUCAAUAUUAAAUAGAAAACCAUCGGGGAGAGUGACUGAGAAGGAUACUGCAUGUCAUGUCCUAAACAAAUUGUUGGGAAAUAAAGAUCAGCAAUGUUUAUUUUAUGAUUCUGCAAGUGGUAUCAAUCUUCAUGAUGCAUCUGGAAAUUUAGCUGAUAUUGGCUUUGAAGACAAACCAUUCGUCUUGAAGUUAAAUAGUAUUCAAGGUUUAGGAGGUGACAAGAGUACAAAAACUGACGAAGAUGACAUAAAACUUGUGGAAAUCUUAGAAAAUUUCAUUGAACAAAACAAAUCUCAUGCAAUUAUUGAAGACAUAUGUGAUCGAUUAGCAAAAGCACACGGAGUUGAUAAAAACUCCAUUGUCAUCAAAAAUGUGUUCUUUGGAACAUUCAAUGUAGUUUAUACAGUGUUAAAUUUGGCACGAACUGUAGUUACAGAGCUGCACAAAACUUCACAAAAAUUGAAGGCUCAAUUUGGCCAAUUCGUGAGUGCAAAACUUCAUCCAUUAUUAUUCCGUCCAUCAUUUGAUAUAGCCUUUUUUGAUGCCCGCGGGAAUAAAACAUUCAGUAGCCAAUCAGAGACUUACCAAAUCGGUCCCCCUGGACGCACCAAAACAUAUACUACAGCCCCUGGUUGGACUAGAUAUGGACUAAACGUGCUGGGUAAGAGCGCGUAUGUCAACGACGAUUGGCUGCAUCCAUUCCAGCAUGCUGGUAAUUGGUACAGAGCUUUUCACGGUACAGGAGGGGCACAACAAAUAGAUUUUCGAGAUUCUAAUGCAUAUUCCGGGGAAAAUACUGCAUGCGUGGACGCUCUCUCAAGUAUUUUUCAAGAUGGCUUUCGUCCUGCAAGAACUGCUGCAUAUGGGCCGGGUGUUUACUGU